AUGAAGAAAAUUGUGUCUGUGGAAAGUCUAGAUAGUGGCAAUACUAUUGAUGAGAAGAUUGAGAUACUUCCAUUGCGUUCGUUGACUUUACAACAUUUGCCAACUAUUGAUGAUUUUUGCUAUCAUGAGUUGACGUAUUCCCUGAGAACUAAGCAGAACUUACAGAGGGCUAAUAUUCCAACACCAUUUUUUAGUGCCGAGGUUAAAUUUUUUAAUUUGGAGACUUUGAAGUUGAGUUCACUCAAUUUGAGAAAAAUUUGGGAUGAUAACCAGUCUUCUGCACUCUAUUUGAUCCAAAAGUCGGCCAACUUGACCGUAGAGGAUUGCAGUGGCUUAAAGUAUUUAUUCUCAUCUUCUAUAGUUGGAAGGCUUUUGAAUCUCAGGCAACUUGAAAUAAGUAAAUGUGAUAUGAUGGAGGAGAUAAUUGCUGCAGAGAAGACAAAUGGCGCCGCACUAGAAGAGGUGCUUUUUCCCAAAAUGGAGGCAAUAAUCAUAAGAGACAUGCAGAACUUAAAGACGCUCUGGCGCCUCAUUCUGCCUUCAAAUUCCUUGGCCUGCAUCAAGAUAUUGAAAGGAUUUUGUGCUGGAAAUCAUAGCUUAUCUUGUUCAUCAUUAAAAGCAUUACAUGUCUACAAUUGUCGGAAAUUGAAGCUGUUCAAGACACAAGGUUCAAGUAGUAAAGCAAGACUUUCUGAUCUCCAUGUCUCAAUGCAAUAG